GUGUCAGCACAAAUAACAGGUACACUUGGGGACUGUGCAUGUCAAACUGCUGUUUAGCCAUGGCAAAACGCUGGAAUGUCACCUCUUUAGUGGCACUAGCACUGCUAGGGUGCUUAGUUUGGACAAAGGUAGAUGCUCAGCCUUGGAAAAAGGUUAUUACAGCUCAGCCAAUCCAGGUACCACAGCAACCGCAACAACCGCAGCAACCGCCACAACUGCCACAACUGCCACAACUGCCGCAACUACCUUCUUUCCCGAGUUGUGACGUGGCAGCAGAACGGAAAAUCCCCUGUGGUGUUUCUGGUAUCUCUGUAGAUAAAUGUAAAGCGAUUAACUGCUGCUUUGAUGGCCAAGGAUGCUACUUCGGAAAAGCAGUGACUGUCCAGGUCACCCAGGAUGCUCAGUUCAUUAUUGUCGUGGCCAGAGAUGCCACUCGGCCAAGGAUUGACCUCGAGUCAAUCUCAAUGUUGGAACAAGGUCCAGGCUGUGCAUCUGUUGACUCCAACUCAGAUUUUGCCAUUUACCAAUUUCCUGUUACUGCAUGUGGCUCUGUUGUUAUGGAGGAGACUGGUGUUAUAAUAUAUCAGAACAGGAUGACUUCCUCAUUUGAAAUGGGUAUUGGGCCUAAUGGAGCCGUUACCAGGGACAGCUCCUUUGUACUGCUCUUCCAGGGAAGGUUCACUGGCACUUCUGUUCAAACUGUAGUUGUAGAAGUAUUACCGCUACAAGAUCCUCCUCUACCGGUUGCUGCCCUGGGACCCCUCAGUGUACAGCUGAGGUUGGCUAAUGGACAAUGCCAAUCAAAGGGUUGUAAUGAAAUUGACGCAGCCUAUACCUCAUUCUACACGGCGGCAGACUAUCCUGUGACCAAAAUUCUGAGGGACCCUGUGUACGUGGAGGUUCAACUCCUUGACAGGACAGAUGCCUCUCUUGUCCUGACUCUGGGUCGCUGUUGGGCAACAAGUGACCCCAAACCUUACAGUCUGCCUCAGUGGGAAAUAAUAACAAACGGGUGUCCAAACAACGAAGACCGCUAUUUGUCCUCACUGAUUCCAGUCAGUUCCUCCUCUGGUCUGGAAUUUCCUGGUCACUACAGGCGUUUCCUUUUCAAAAUGUUUACUUUUGUGGACAAGCCAUCACAGGCCCAGAAGUCACUGCAGCCACAGAAGUCACCGCCCCUGAAGUCACAGGUGUACAUUCACUGCAGUACAGCAGUGUGUCAAGCUAUGCCCGGCAGAAGCUGUGAACCGGCAUGCUUCAGAAGGAAGAGAGAUGUGCAACAUGUGGACCAGAGGGAGGCUGAUCCUAAGCUGGUGCUUUCUGUUGGACCAGUGAUCAUGAGCUGAGCAGUAAACAGCACAGUGUCAAGCUCAAGAAUUUGGCUGAAAGCAUUUAGUAAAA